CCAAUUAUGUAAAAAUUUUGUAUUAAUUGGCAAAAUGGUCGAAGGUCUUGGUCGAAGUCUUUAUUAGACAUGAAGUAGGAAGAUUAUGGCUCUAAAUUCAGGUCAAUCUGCACAAUUAACCGAAUAGUUUGAGUGACCUUUAAAGGUGUUAAACAUGAGUUAUGAGUGAAAUAUUUAAAAUGAAAAUUAAAAAACAAAUUAGAAAGUAAAAUGGAUUUACAGCUUCUAAAGUAGUUUAAGUAGACUUAUAUCCAAGAUAAGCGAGUCUGGGUUAGAAGAAGUUCAAUGAAUUGCAAUGAGGAUGAUUAACUUUGUAAAUGUUCAAGAUUUGAUGAUGAAGGAGAAACGGAUUAAAAGAGAGUUAAUGAUGUUAAUAACGAAGAGAGACCAUUGAUUCUAAGCAAUCCAUCAUUAGCCCAAUUUGGAUCAGCAAUCUAUAUUGGAAAACAGAGAAAGCAUAAAGAAUGCGAAUUGAAAAUAAAGGGUAAAAAGAAUGAAAAAAUUCUUUGAAUUUUGGCAUUUCCUAACUGGUCCAGUAAAUCAUGUAUAACAGUGAUCCAAUAACUAGUGACUUGUAUUUGAGUGAUGAUAGAUAUGUAUUCCGGGUUAGAUAACAUUGAAGAUACCUUAAAGAUAAAAUCACUUAUGAACACGAGUUUGAUAAAUAUUGGGUAAAGUUGAGUGAAGCUUGUUUUUUUCCCUUGCGCUGGCUCUGCCAGUAUUCAAAGUUAACUGUUAAUAUCAAGAUUGGCUUGAAAUAGUAUCGCCUCCAGGAGAUGCUGAAAUUUUUAUUGAGGACAAGGAAUGAGAUGAAGAUGAUACUGAUAGGAUAUAAUAAACAAGAAUGAUGAUGAUGGUGAAACAAAUGAAACAACUGUAGGAUGAAGAAAUGAUGAAAACAAGCUCAAAGCCACUUUAAAAGCACAUUUUGACCUCAACACAAUUUUCGCUGGUACCUUAAAUGAAAGAUAAGUCAAUAUAAAACAGUAAAAUCGUAAUGUUUAAUUGAGGUGACAAUGUAAAGUUAGAUAAUUGUUGUAAAAACAAAUCAUUCCAUAGAUGGGUAAAAACAACCGUUGACCCAAUGACGACACAACGGUUAACCCAAAGAGGAGCCCCUAACGGCUGGUUUCAACAAUAAACUUCUUUAUUUACAUCAUGCAUUUUAUUGAAAAACAUGAUAUUUCUCCACCUUUUUUUCAUCUUGUUUUUUCUCUUUUAGCUUCGAUCUUAAUCCUGAAAGGUGAAAGAUGAGGAAGGUAGGGAGUGGAGAAGAUUUAGAGAGAGUAAAAAGAUGAGAGAGUUGAAGGAGAAGGAAGAUGAAAGAGCUCUUCAACUUGUGACACUAACAUCUAACAUGAAAACCUGUCCACCAGUUCAACAAUUUUUGGUCAUAGUUUCUCAUUUAUCCUCAUCGUUCAUCGUUCAGCGCCAUUAUUUCCGUCAAUUUUGUGCGAUGAAUUGUUUUAUGUGACUUUUAUUUUUUUUUUGUUAUUUGAUUGUUUACCUUCUCGCCUCUCAACACAGUUCACUUCAAUGACGAGCUUAACUGCCCGGUCAAUAAAAUUGGCUAAAAAUGUCAUCAAGCCUAAGCUGUCAUCGAAACAUCGGGAUAAUCUUGCAACCAAUAUUACGAGAAUCUUUUCAACAUCGACCUCCUCAAUAUCAAGGACUAGUGAUAGUGAUCUGAAUUAUCGGACAAUCCCAUUAACCCCAUUGGAUCUUGAGUCUGCUGGUAAACUGGUUAAUACUUCAAUAAGCCAUUUUGAUAUUCGCAAUUUACUUCGUGAAGAAACAAUUUUAUCCUCAUUUGCUUUGGAAAAGGUUUCAUCUCUUCAAUCAGGACUUUCCUCCACUCACCAUCCAAUCAUUUCGGUGGCUCAAGAAAUAUUUCAAGACUCUGAUACAAAAUUGAUCGACUCUUUGGGUGGAUUUACGCUUCUUCUUCUCGCUAAGUCACUUGAAUCUGUACCUUCAUUUACUUUUAACCAAGAAGUCUGGGAAAAACAAAAGAUUUUCGCUGAAUGCUAUGAAAUGAUUGAUAAAGCGAUGUACAUUCAUCAUAAAUCCAUAAUUAAUUUACCCCUGGAAUCGGAUGAUACCAGAACUUUAAACAUACUCAACAAUGGUAAUAAACUUGCUGUCCUCGGAGGAGAUUAUCUUUUCUCAUUUGGCAUCAUUCGGCUCGCUAGUUUAGUUAGACGUGCAAAUGUUUUUGACUUCAUUGGUGCUUCAAUUGAUGAAUUUUGUGUUAACCAUUUUGAUAAUUAUCAAAGAGACAUUAAUAAUUGGAUUCUACCCAAAUCAGGAAUGACAAUGGAAACAUGGGAAAAGUAUGGCGGCUAUUGUUCAGCCAAGUUAGCUGCUUACUCUGCUCAAUUCAUUACCGUAAUGACAAAUCUAUCCUCAAUCAGAUUUGAACAGGCAGCAUUCAAUUUUGGAUAUAAUCUAAAGCUCAAAUGGAAUAUGGAAAAAGACAUUCAAAUGUUCCUGGAGAAAGAUGCUAAAGGAUUGAGUCCAAUCUCGGCUCCAAUAAUCAAAUACAUUGAACGAGAUCCUGGUUUUAUCAAUUUUAUUGCCGCACUAGACUGGGAAAAGGACGAAACUAGCAAUAAAAUCAAGAAAAUUAUUUUACAAACUGAUGUUAUUGAUGAAUGCCAAAGUCUAUCCAAACAAUACUCGGACAAAUGUAUGAAGAUCCUUCAAUUGUUUCCUGAUUGUCCGAGUCAACGUGUCUUGGAGUCGAUUGCCCAAGAAACAAAUUUAAUUAACAGCAAAUUAUAAGCAAUGAGAAGGUAUUUUAUUAAAUUAUUGUUCAUAAGAAGCUCACAUGUUAAAUUCACAAGACCGGGAAUAAAAUCUUUCUGUUAAAUCUUUAGAAUCACUAUUUUCAAUUCAUACUCUUUUGUUAAUUUACAAAUUACUUGAAUUGUUGUAUUGUAUUGGUUAAAACGCUUUCCAUCCCUUUUUGUAGAGUGAUCUUUCAAUGGUAAAUUAAGUGUGAUUUAUUAUUUAUUUUUCAUAUAAAUAUCAAAUUCAAAAUAUCUCUC